UCAAACCAGCAACAGCCUCUUAUGAAUUUGAAAACUAGUAUCUAUCGUCGAAAAUGAAGAAAUUUAUUAAAACAAUAAAGAAGAAGACCCAGAGACAGGGUAGUUACGACCCACAGGCAGCUGGCUCUGAAGAGGCUACGGGAGGGACAGAGACUGGUUAUGUUGUUCGCGAAAAAGAUCUCCCGAAACUUCACAAAGCAGCAUGGACUGGAGAUUUGUCCAAAGUAGUGCAACUUGUGAAAAAGGAUACAAGCUCUCUAGACAAAGAAAACAGGACUGCUUUGCAUCUUGCUUGUGCAAGAGGCCAUGCUGAUAUAGUAAAAGUUCUUCUAGAGUGGCAUGCCAAGAGCAACAUUGGGGACAGUGAAUCUAAAACUCCCCUUCUUAAG